AUGGCAGAAAUAUUGAACAAAACAGCUAUGGUAACUGAGUUCAUUCUUGUAGGCUUCACCCGCAUCCGAUGGCUGCAGAUUCUCCUCUUUUGGGUCAUCUUUCUCACUUAUCUUUUGACCAUCACGGGAAACCUUCUCAUCAUCUACAUCACUCUGGUUGACCAUCGCCUCCAUACCCCUAUGUACUUUUUCCUCAGGAACUUCUCUGUCUUGGAAAUAGGAUUUACUUCUUCUGCCAUCCCUAAGGCUUUGUUUAACUUGGCCUCAGGCAACAACACCAUUUCUCUUGCUGGCUGCUUUUCACAGGCCUUUUUCUAUUUUAUUUUGGGCACCGCUGAAUUCUUUAUUCUGUCCACAAUGUCCUUUGACCGGUACGUAGCCAUCUGCAACCCUCUUCGCUACACAGUCAUUAUGAACAGCCAAUUGUGUACUCAGUUAGUGUUAGGAUCUUGGAUUAUCAGCUUCCUUUAUGUCAUAAUGCCCCUUAUUCUAUUAUUUCAUUUGCCCUUCUGUGGUCCAAAUAUCAUCAAUCACUUCUUCUGUGACAAUAUGCCACUGAUCAAACUUGCCUGCACCAACACCCAAUUUCUGGAAUUGAUGGAUUUUCUCAUGGCCACCUUUACUGUGCUGGGGACUUUGGCCAUCACAAUAAUUUCGUACAUUAAAAUCAUUGCUGCUGUCAUGCACAUUCCUUCCAGAACUGGAAGGCAAAAGGCUUUCUCCACUUGUGCUUCUCACAUUGUGGUAGUUUUCAUCACCUACGGGAGCUGCAUUUUCAUGUAUGUCAAGCCCACGCGAAGUGGUGGGCUGGACCUCAGCAAGACGGUAGGUGUUCUGAACAAUGUGGUUUCUCCUUUGCUCAACCCCUUCAUUUACAGCCUGAGAAACAAGCAGGUGAAAACAGCUUUGAAGGAUACUUUUGUUAAGCGAAUGCUACAGCUG